AUUGUCAAGGACGGGGUGGGUGUGAGGGAGAGAGAGAGAGAGAGAGAAAGAGAAAGACAGAAAAAAGAGGAAGAGGCUCUUACAUUUUUUUUUAAGGCGGCCGUUCACCGCAUCUAUGUGUUGUCUUUGCGUGUGGGUUUUGUAACACUCUGAAAUCCUUUAGUGAGACUGGGCAGAGUGGGGGGAGAAAAAGCAAGCAUGCCACUGGCACUAAAUGUCAAGUCCUUGUAGCAUAGGAAAUGUAUACAUUCCUUCCAGGGAGGUGUAUAUAGGUAGCUUGCUCAGAGGUUUGGCUUCUGAAGCGCUUCAGAGGGAACAUAUGGGUCGUGGAAGGGCAGAACUAUCCAGUCCGUUCCUCUUGCCAAGAAACCAGAGAGCCUUUCCGUACGCAAGGAGAUCCAUCUCAGCAUCCUUUGCUCUAUCAAAGUGAGCUUAGGUGGCUGCUUUAUUGGUCAAAAUCACAAGAGAAAAGGCAGGAGAGAAAUCUUUUGUUAAAGAGGCCUGGAAUGGAACAGGAGAAGAUGUCCAGAUGACCACCUCAUCUUCCAGAUUUGUAUCCAAGGAGGAUACCUUCACUAUUUAUCUUUAAAGAGGAAGAAAAAAGAGAGCAUCACGUAUUGUAGGUUUUCAAACACACACACACAUACAUAGAGAGAAGAGAGCAUCUAGUGACCAGAAAUAGAGUGGAGGAGAGGUAAAGAACUGGAUCUUUCCAACACACAAAGCCCAGCUUGCUUUUUGAAAGGAAAAGAAAUAUUCUGGAAAAUAAUAGCAGGAAUAGCCAUUGCAAGGCAAUCUCCUGCAUUUUCAUUUGCUCAGCCGGCUCCUGGCUCCACGGCUCCCUUGCCUGGUAGGAGAAGGAAAUAGCUAGACUAGGUAUUCUGCAGGUCUGAGGAAAUCCAAAAUGGGCUAUUCAGGAAAAGCAGCCUCCAAAAUGCUGGUUCCUCUGCUGCUUUGCUCCUUGCCUCUUCUACAAGGCCUCCCCCUCUGGGAGAAUGAUGACGUGGUCCCUGCCACCCCCUCCCUGCCGCUGGAGUCCCUGCCCCCAGAGGAUGUGGGGAGCCCAAAGGAGGAGGACUUGGGGGUCUCGACCGAGGUGCGGGGGUCCUUGCCCCCCAAUGCUGAAGGCAUCUCGGAUUUGCUGCAGGGGGCUCUGCUGAGGAAGGAGUUUCUGGGCAGUGAGUUGCUGGAAGACCCCAUCCCUGGAGGGAACCCUUCCACGCUGCCCCCCUUCCAUCCUCCUGUCCAGCACCUGGAUGGUGGGGUGGUUCCUGAGACCUCUGAAGCGGUGGCCACAGGACCUUCUCCCUUGACCACCGCGGCUCCCCCCACGGGUUUCCUGCUCACGACCCCCCCAGCUUCAACAGCAGCUGCCCCCCCGCGCCUUCCCCCUCCACCAGAUGAGACGGGCUCCACCAGCCAGCAUGUCUCUGCCACCACCACCGCUUUCAUCCCUGAAGGUGAUGAGGAGACCACAACCACAUUGAUCACGACAACGACCAUCACUACGGUGCAUACGCCUGUGUUUUGCAACAACAACAUCACCGACGUGGAAGGCUACGUUGAAUCUCCAGAUUAUGCUGGCGCCAAUUUUUAUGGAGGCCUGGACUGUACCUACACAAUCUCUGUUUACAUGGGCUAUGGGAUAGAAGUACAGGUGCAAAGCUUGAAUCUAUCCAAGGAGGAUUCACUGACUGUAGAAGGUCUUGGCGGGGAGAAGCCCGUUGUCUUGGCCAAUGAGUCAUUGAUGGUUGAAGGACAAGUGAUCCGCAGCCCAACCAACCAGGUGUUGAUUCACUUCCAGAGCUACCACACCACUACCCCUGGAGUCUUCAAGUUCCACUACCAAGCUUUUCUGCUCAGCUGCGGCUUCCCCAGCCGACCUGAGAACGGGGACGUCAUGGUGACUGACCUCCACCCCGGUGGGUCUGCCACUUUUAAGUGUGAGUCGGGCUUCUACCUGCGAGGUGAAGAGACGCUCAUUUGCCUGAAUGUCAGCCGACCCCGUUGGAGUGGUACCAGCCCUGCUUGUGUGGCUUCCUGUGGGGGAACAGUCCACAAUGCCACGCGUGGGCGCAUUGUGGCCCCUGAAGCACCCGGCGGGCCCCGUGGCGGUCGGAACCUGACGUGCCGUUGGUUGAUAGAGGCGCCCGAAGGCCAGCGCCUGCACCUGCACUUUGAGAGAGUGGCCUUGGAUGAAGAUAAUGAUAAACUGAUGAUCCGCAGUGGGAGCAGCACCUUUUCGCCCAUCAUCUAUGACUCCGACAUGGACGAUGUCCCAGAACGGGGGCUGCUGAGCGAUGCCCAGUCUCUCAUUGUGGAGCUGACCAGUGAGGGCCCUGCCACACCGCUCAUCCUUAGCCUGCGCUAUGAAGCUUUUGAUGAAGACCGGUGUUAUGAGCCAUUCCUGGCCCAUGGCAAUUUCAGCACAACAGAUCCGUUGUACCACAUGGGGACGGUGGUGGAGUUUUCCUGCAGUGCGGGAUAUAUGCUUGAGCAGGGGCCUUCUGCCAUUGAAUGCAUAGACGCACGAGAUCCUCGCUGGAAUGAAAGCGAGCCAACCUGCAAAGCGUUGUGUGGGGGGGAACUCUCCGAACCAACAGGUGUGGUACUUUCCCCCGAUUGGCCCCAGUCCUACGGAAAGGGCCAGGACUGUGUCUGGGGCAUCCGGGUGCAAGAGGAGAAGCGAGUGCUGCUGGACAUCGAGAUCCUCAACAUCCGCAAGUCUGAUGUAUUGACCAUCUUCGAUGGAGGAGACUUAACUGCUCGGAUCCUUGGCCAGUACUUGGGUCCACAUCCUCGCUUCAGCCUUUACUCCUCUGGUCCAGCGGUCACUCUUCAGUUCCAGUCAGACCCCGGGGACCCUCUGUUUGGCCUCAGCCAGGGUUUCCUGGUGCGGUAUAAGGAGGUUCCACGAAAUGACACUUGCCCUGAGCUGCCAGAAGUGGAGUUUGGCUGGCGCACGGCUUCUCAUGCUGCCGUCAUCCGCGGCACCGUGGUGACCUACCAGUGUGAGCCAGGCUAUGACAUUGUGGGGUCCGACAUCCUCACCUGCCAGUGGGAUCUGUCGUGGAGCAACAGCCCUCCCACUUGCCAGAAGAUUAUAAACUGUGCUGAUCCGGGGGAAAUCAGCAACGGCAAACGCAGCGUCUCAGACCGACGUUUCUCCAUCGGUUCCCACGUCCAGUAUUUCUGUCAUGAGGGCUACGUGGUAGAAGGGAGCAGCACACUAACCUGCUAUAAUCGAGAUACUGGCACCCCUAAAUGGAGCGACCGAGUGCCCAAGUGUGUCUUGAAAUAUGAACCCUGCCUGAAUCCUGGCGUCCCAGAGAAUGGAUACCAAACCCUUUACAAGCAUCACUACCAGGCAGGGGAAUCCCUGCGUUUCUUUUGCUACGAGGGCUUUGAGCUCAUAGGUGAAGUGACCAUCACUUGCAUACCAGGACAUCCAUCCCAGUGGACCAGCCAGCCUCCGCUCUGCAAAGUGGCCUAUGAGGAGUUAUUGGACGGCCGGAAACUAGAAGUCACCCAGACAACAGAUCCUUCCCACCAGAUGGAAGGGGGCAACAUUGCCUUGGCGAUCUUCCUUCCCAUCAUCCUCGUCAUCCUUCUGAUUGGUGGAAUCUAUGUCUACUAUACCAAGUUCCAAGGAAAGACUCUCUUUGGUUUCUCUUUCUCCAGCUCUCACAGCUACAGCCCGAUCACUGUGGAGUCUGACUUCAACAACCCUCUCUAUGAGGCUGGGGACACCAGAGAAUAUGAAGUUUCAAUCUAGAAGAUGUUCUGUGAUCUGCAUUCUUCCCCCGACCCAAGCGGGUUUGAGGAGCAGCGACUGAGAAUGAUUCCUAUUUCGGAGGGAAUAGUGGAAGGUGGUUUUUGGGGGGGCCCAGGGGAAAAACGGAGGGGAGAGAGGGAGCUUCUUCUUCUCUCUGCCCCACAGAUCGAGCUUUCUCCCUUCCUCUCCAUGUUGCUGCCUCACUGUCCACUCUCCCAGCUUUGGACGCCGUCCACUCCCCUCGCCUUGUAAAUACCCUCUUCAAUGUGCCAAACGCGUUUCUCUCACACACACAAACACACGCAUACACACACACAGAGACUUUUUCUGCUUUAUCUGUUGGUUACCUUUGAUUUAUUUCUCUAUUUAUUAAGUCUUCUUAUCCUCUCUUGGUUUAUUAUUUUCUUAAGGGCUGAGGAAGAAGGAGGGCUUGUAUCUUACCCUUUACUCCCUUGCUUUGCUCUCCUGCUGCCUCAUCACAUUAGAGCAUGAAUCCACUUUAAAUCCUGUUUCUGCCUCCUGCAGAAUUCUGGAGUUUGUAGUUUGGUGAGGCCCGGGAACUGUCUGGCUGAGCUGUUUAAAGCCCCCUCCCUAAAGUGGAUUUAAAGUGGAUCCAAGCCCUAGUUAAAAGGAAAUUGACCUCAAUCACAAGUGCUGCCGUUUAAAUAAAGUUCUCUGUAGACUGAGUAACAUCACUCAAAACCCAAACAGAUAGUUUGUACAAAACUUCCCCUAACAAAUUGUAUUUAAAUCCUAAAAGUAAGUGGCAAACAAGUACCUACAAGGAUAAAAGAAAGAUGGAAUAAGUAGAUGCUGUGGUACAGAAACCAAGUGUAGACCCCCAUAAUGUCAAAAUAUGUUUGAAAGGAGAACGGACCCAAUACAUUGAGAAGAAUGAACUUCCAUUAAGUUUUUUCAGGACUGGAAAUAAAUGAGAUCUUCCAAAAAGAAAGCCAAUACUUCUUUUUUCAAGAGGGAAAAUUGUAGGGUCACCGGAAUAAUUCAUUUAUGUGUUGGGAACAAUUCAUCCAUCCCUAUAGGAUGGAUUUUAAGUUGCCCUACAAGAAGAAAAAGCAGUGUGUGUAAUUUUGAAUAGGUUUGCAAGCAGUGCAUUCUCCCAUCUGGAACGGGUACCAAUCCUUAUACUUGGCCAUGAACCUCUUGAAAAGUCCUGCAAAGAACAAGGCAAUCUGCUAGUAGCUUUACAGAGAAAUCCUAUGCAGUUACCUACAUUUACCUGGGAUUCAGUCCCAGGUGAAUCCCAGGUAAAUGGGCCUUAGUGGUUACCAGUUGCCUGCAAAACGAUUUCUGAUUACACUUCUGUUCUUCCUCUGACCUUCUGAUCUUCUCCCCAAAUCCUUCAAUAGGAAGAGAAGAUUAAAGCAAAAGUUCUAAUGUCAUACACACACAAAAACAUUUAUUACAACCGAUCUUGUGUCAGGCUGCAGAGUCAAUUAUUGCAUUCAUUUAUACUAGAUUUGUUAUUAAUGUAGGGAUGAGGAGAAGAUUAAAACAAAAAUACUAAUGUCAUACACACACAAAAAUAUUUAUUACAACCGAUCUUGUGUUAGGCUGCAGAGUCAAUUAUUGCAUUUAUUUAUACUAGAUUUGUUAUUAAUGUAGGGAUGGUCCAAUAAUUUAAAUUUUCUGUCUCAAGUGGAAAAAACAAUGUUUCGGGUCGAAAUAAAAAUAAAACGCAGUCAUAGCAGGAAAUUGUCUGGGAUUCCUAGAAAAUUAGUUCAGGGAAUCUCUAUUACCAUCAGUGGAGUUCUGCUUGACUCUGCCUUGGUUGUUUUUUGUUUAUCUUAGUGUUGGUAGUGCAGGAGAACUUUUCAGUGGGUUGUACAAUAUGUCCUUUAUUUCUGGUGUCUACUCUUAAGAAAUGACUUACUUCUCCCAAUUCUGCUACCUUUUGAUUUUUGAUCAUGUUCUUAUAAAACUUUAGACUGGGCAUGGGCAAGGUUUGGCCCUCCAGAUGUUUUGGACUCCAACUCCCACCAUUCCUAACAGCCUCAGACCCUUUCCUUUCCCCCCUCAGCCGCUUAAGCGGCUGAGGGGGAAAAGGAAGGGGUCCGAGGCUGUUAGGAAUGGUAGGAGUUGGAGUCCAAAACACCUGGAGAGCCAAACUUUGCCCAUACCUGCUUUUAGACCACAGUGAUUCAGGAAUUUGGGUAUGAUUGUGUUAAUGUCUUCAGAAAUAAUAAAUCAUUGAGAUAUAGGAGUAAUUUCACACCUCUUUUCAAAGAACCAUUGUGCCAACGUUUUUCUAUAUAUUUCUUUUUGUUUCCAGCCUUUAAAAUAAUUGUUUACUUCUUUCAUUUGUCUCGUAGGCUUUCGAAAAUAAUUAUAAUACCGUAAUAAAAUAACCGGAGGCUUUUAUAGCUCCUGCUUCUCCAUGAAGUCCUUUGGAAUUGAUAAAGCAGAGAAAGAUAUUUUACUUUUUUGGAGAGAGAAAAAAGAAAUGUAAUCCUUUUCAUAUGGCUAUCUCUCUUCACCAUAUCCUUGUUUCAGGAGGAUUCCAUGUGCACUUAGUGUUAAGAAUACCGCUUUGUGGAUUCAGUCCAGAAGGACAUCUGUUCGUUCAGGAUUCAAACGCAGAAGUGUUUUUUUUAUUGACAGCUUCAGCUCCCAGAACGGAAAGCCAGCCAACAUCCCUUUGAAAGAUGCCGGAGAGGCAUUUAAUGUGGUGUCUUAAGUAAAAACAGGAGGUUCGAUGUGUUAGUGCCAAAAUGUAUUGAAAUACUCUUAUUGGGAAUCACUUUUUUUAAGGAGGGGGAAAAGCUAAUCCCUUCUGCAUGGAAGAAGCCUGAUAGAAUGGCCAUUCACCCCAAAGGAAAAAUAAUCCUAAACCAUUCACCUAUCUACACUAUGGGAUUGGAUAUAGGAAAUAUGCAGCCCUGCCUCCCGCACUUGUCCUUUUCUCAUCUUUCUUGUUCAUCAAUUGAUUUGUCAGAUCAACCCUUACCUUGCUGGCCAUUCUCUGCUAUUCUGAAAAAGGGCAAAGGGAUUUGUUGUUGAAGGCUUUCAUGGUCGGAAUCACUGGGUUGCUGUGAGUUUUCCGGGCUGUAUGGCCAUGUUCGAGAAGCAUUCUCUCCUGAUGUUUCGCCCACAUCUAUGACACGCAUCCUAAGAGGUUGUGAGGUCUUUUGGAAACAAGGCAAGUGGGGUUGUUAUAUCUGGGAAAUGUCCAGGGUGGGAGAAAGAACUCUUGUUUGCUUAAGGCAAGUGUGAAUGUUGCAGUCAACCACCUUGAUUAGCAUUGAAUGGCCUUGCAGCUUCAAAGCCUGGCUGCUUCCUGCCUGGGAGAAUAAACUCCUCUUGCCUAGUUUCCAACAGACUUCACAACCUCUGAGGAUGCCUGCCAUAGAUAUGGGCAAAACGUCAGGAGGUAAUGCUUCUGGAACAUGGCAGUACACUUGCCUAGUUUCCAACAGACCUCACAAUCUCUGAGGAUGCCUGCCAUAGAUGUGGGUGAAACGUCAAGAGAGAAUGCGCCCAGAAUAUGGCUAUACAGCCCAGAAAACGCACAGCAACCCGGCCAAGGGAUUACUUAGUCCCCCAUCCCUAUUUCUCCCCAUUUGUGAACAACCCACUACCCCUAUUAGUUCCAUUCAUGUUUGGAGGGGGAGGGAGGGAGACAGAAUUGUGCGGCGUCUCCCCAAAGACAUGGAAUUUCUAGGAAAUGCUUCCUUUUGAAUCGUUACCUGCUCACGGCCCUGUUUUUCAGCCCUUUGGUAUUCCCUCCCCCCAUUUGCUUUUAUUUUGGAGCAAUAAAUAAAACGCACCAUUUGUAAAAA